ACGUCGACGCCCACCGCCAGUCCGACCGCGGAACCAUCCUUGUCGCCGACUUCGAAGCCUACGUCUGAACCGACAUUGAGUCCAACGUGGAAACCAACUUCUGAACCUACGUCAGGACCUACUUUCAGCCCUUCUUCGGAACCUUCUGCAGAACUUUCAGCUACCCCAACAACUCAACCUUCCCAAAAUCCGACGAGACUGGAGUCCGCUGGCCCUUCUUCCGAACCAACAUUGGGGCCAACGUUCAAACCUACAGGACAACCUUCACAUGGACCCACGAGUGGACCAACGGAGUCGCCGAGUGUUGCGCCCAGUGAUGGUCCUACAGAAUUUCCGAGUACUAGUCCC